AAAAUGGGAACGCUCGGGGGCCGCUCGUACAUACAUACAUACAUACAUACAUACAUACAUACACCGUCGUCCCAUGGCCAGUGUCGCUUCGAACAGAAUUUGAUUGAAAAAGCCCGGGUGUGCUGUUUGUGCUUAUGAACGGGAUCCUCCUGCUCUUUUCGUCGUUGGGCCUCCAUAGUCAUUAUCUAUCCCCAAUACUCUGAUAGUGACCAACAGACCAACACAUAUCACGGGGUGGAUUUUCCAGCUUCAACAUUUACCCCCGCACGCUGCUUUGGAUUUGCUACGGGCCUACGGCAUUUUCGUUGCAUAGAAGCGCACUAUCUCAUUGGUAUUCUACUCUUCGCUACGGGACGCAUUCAUUUACCCGUCAGUUUUUUAUAUUGGCUAGCCCGUCCCCGCAACGGAGCUAUUUGUUAAAUAUAAUAAGGGCAAACGGUGGGAACGGCCAGAAUUUUCCUACUACAACUUCACUUGAAGCUUCGAACCGCAAUUAGCUAUCGUAGUAUUCGCCGGAUCACUACCGGCCGGAGGCUCUAGCAUCACCAAGUAAUGUACGAACAAGCCGCUGAUCGGUUACCUGCUUCGGGGACAUAAAUAAUGCAUUCGAACCGCUCCUUCAGGUCCCAGUGGUCACUGCGCCGCGGGGGCCCGCCCUACCCUGCUGCCGUUUCACCAUACCACAAACAAUGGAUAUAUAUGGCAGUGAUCAUCCUAAUCAUUUCCUCUUGGAUCCCCCUAGCUGCUGCUAUUUCAUCCGAGGACACCCCACGAUCGACUGAGACAAAUCUACUAAUUGAUACGCGGAUACCGGUUUUCGUCAACGGUCACUGGCAGAUCAUGUCCGAAGACGAGCAUCGCCAGCUUGUCCCUCGACAGCCAGAGACGACGUUCACAGUCGACGUCUCAACAGCCACGGCCACUGGAGACGUAACUGCUCAAACAACCGUUGCGACAGGCCCUCUUCCCACACCCUUCGAUGGCGCACUGGCUGCAAACUUCUCCGGCGAAGAUGGGGAAGGAUCUUGCCUCGAUUUUAUCAACGCCUUUUUAGAGGACCCGACAUUCCAAGCCUGUUAUCCUCUUUCGCUACUUUUGAAGAAUUCCAAUUCAUUCUUCCAGGCUAUGAAAUCCGUGGUCAAAAUCACUCAGGUCGUCGAAACAUCAUGCAAAGCUGACAAGCAGUCUUGUACAACUUAUCUCAACGAUCUCGCUGAGAAGCUCAAAUCCGAUGAGAAUUGCGGAGAGGAUUACACCAAGCGAAAUGACCUAGUGGUCCAGGCCUAUAAAGGAAUGAAGUCGUACGAAGAGAUAUAUGGCGCGACGUGUUUAUACAAUGCGGACACUUCGACAUAUUGCUUUGUCAAUGCGGUUACAAACCUAACGACUGCUUCCAACGUCUACCUAUACACAUUACCUUUCAAUUCAUCUCUCCCCGAAACAGCUGUUCCCGCAUGCGAUACCUGCACAAGCGAAACGAUGAAGAUAUAUCAAGCAGCGGCGGCUGACCGAACGAAAUGGAUAUCGAGCACGUACGUAAAAGCAGCUGAGCAAAUAGACGCAAACUGCGGUGGGAACUUCGUCAGCGCAACACUUCCCGAACCACUUCCAGAGAGUGCCGCGACGUCUAUAACGCAAGCACCGUCUCUACUUAUCCUGUCAUUUUUAUUCAUAUUCGUUUCACGCUUGCUUCGGUAGCGUUCUAUGGGCCUACGAUCGGUACUUCGAUCCGGCAGUAAUUCACUUCUUGGGCGUCUUUGGAACGGGGUUAGGCAUACAAAAUAUGCUUGUUUUGGAUACAAGCUUUCGGGUACUGGAUUGGGACGACUGCUUUUACGAAUCGGUAACAUUACAUAUAUACAUACCGGCGCUUUUUUUUGAUACCCAACUCGAUAUUCUCGGCCUUCUUUUCUCACAACAUAAAACUAUUUUCUAUUUCUAUUUAUAUUGCUAAUUAACGCCAGCUUCCUUAUUUUUAUUAUGGAAUAAGAGAUGGAGGAUUAAAUGGGGAGACACCACACGAGCACAUACGAGGUACGUAUUGAGGCUUGAAUUAGGUAGAUAGGCGUGUUGGAUUCGUGGCGGCGGUGGUUGUCGUCAAUCUGGAUGUGUGUCUGAGACAUGGGGCGAAGCAUGCUCACCCAACGCCAUCCUACGACGAAAAUAGGAUUCCUGUACAUAAUUGCAGCCUGCAUAUGUAAGUACUUGGUACUCAACAAGCGGAUAGGCUAGCUAAAUAGUAAAAACCCAAUUGUAAAAAUGCAAUCGAACAUAUGUAUAUGCUUCACGAA